AUGAUUAGCUAUAAAAAGGGCUAUAAGAAAAAUCGCCCUCGUCAGGGCGAACCACUGCGUCUUCAGAUCCUCCAGUGGAAUGCUGGAGGAAUGUCUCCGGACAAAAAGAUCCAAAUACAGAAAAUCCUAAAAACCUAUGAUGUAAACAUUUUCACAAUUAUGGAAGCUAACAUUUCGGAUGACAAACUGAAGUAUUACCAAUUCCCAGGUUACACCCUGUAA